AUGGGUUUAGAGAAUUCUUCUGAACACUCUACUAUUCGAACCCUCACCAUUGAUGAACAGAAUUACAUAUUUCUCAAGUGUACUGAAACAGAUAAGAAGGGGAACAGUUUUGGCCUUGGACAACUGCAAGAGCUCGAGGCCACACGUAAAAGAAAAAAAUUAUAUGCAAGCUCUGAUUCGUCAUCUCUUGUAGAGAUCCAAGAGGAACUUUGA